UUAUGUUUGAUUUUAGUACCAUUGAGUCAAGUUAAGACACUGUAUGACAAUCUAGAUGGAAACAAGGAGAAUAAGAAGCCUGCUAAGGCACAAGGGAAAGAACACAAAACAAAGGAGAAUGAGGAGAAGAAGAAGCAGCAACAGCAACAAAAACAGCAGCAGCAAACUGAGAAGAAGAAACAAGAGCCAAAGGAAAAACCUCCAAAAACUAUUAAGGAUGCAUUAAAUGCAAUCAGUGUGCAAGAGCUCAAUGAACUUCUGACCACUGCGCAAAUCAGAUUCCCUGAAGCUCCCUUGCUCUGGUUGAAGGAACUGGAUGCUUUCCUCAACAUCAAGAUACCCAUUAGCAAGGAAGACACAAUAUUCUCAGGAAAACCCAAGGAUUAUCCAUUAAGUCUAGUACCUAAAGCAAUCUCUUCCAUAUUUGAACAGGCAGUAGAAAUGGCGGGGCAACAGACUAUACAAAUUUUUUACGAGAAUACUCUUACGGCGAUGGCCACCGACAUGGUCAAAGGCAUCCCCGUUAUCGGACAUAAGAUAUUUUUACAGUUGCUAGCGCAUUUAAAUCCCGAGAUGACCGCCGCCAAUAUUUCCAAAUUGAUUAGCGUAAGGAACUCUUACGAAAACAGGAAGAACAUUGGCUUGUCUUUGUUGUGGGCAUGGUCGCAGGCCGGCAAAAAGAAUCUGGCGGUCGGCCUGAAGAUUUGGCACGAGAUAAUGUCGCCGAUGCUGGAAACGAAGAGUUACUCCAGCUACGUCGUACAG